CUCUGAAGCCCUGCAAUGCCCACACCCAAUACCUCUGCCUUUCCACCCACAUUCUUCUGGGUCAACACCUCCGGAGGCAGCGUGGUGAGUGCUGAUGAUGCUGCUAUGCCUGCUAAAUUCCUAGCUCUGAGGGUCAUGGUUGCCCUGGCCUAUGGGAUUGUGGGGGCCAUCGGCUUGCUAGGAAAUUUGGCUGUUCUGUGGGCACUGGGUAACUGUGCUCGGCGAGCCCCUGGCCCACCUUCGGACACCUUUGUCUUCAACCUGGCUCUGGCGGAUCUAGGGCUGGCACUCACUCUCCCCUUCUGGGCAGCCGAGUCGGCACUGGACUUCCACUGGCCCUUUGGAGGUGCCCUCUGCAAGAUGGUCCUGACGGCCACUGUCCUCAACGUCUACGCUAGCAUCUUCCUCAUCACGGCGCUGAGCGUUGCUCGCUACUGGGUGGUGGCCAUGGCUGCAGGGCCAGGCACCCACCUCUCACUCUUCUGGGCCCGCGUGGCCACCCUGGCAGUGUGGGUAGCGGCUGCCCUGGUGACGGUGCCCACAGCUGUUUUUGGGGCUGAAGGUGAGGUGUGGGGUGUGCGCCUCUGCCUGCUGCGUUUCCCCAGCAAGUAUUGGCUGGGGGCCUACCAGCUGCAAAGGGUGGUGCUGGCCUUUGUGGUGCCCUUGGGCGUCACCACCACCAGCUACCUGCUGCUGCUGGCCUUCCUGCGGCGGCGGCAACGGCGACGGCAGGACAGCAGGGUCGUGGCCCGCUCUGUCCGCAUCCUGGUGGCCUCCUUCUUCCUCUGCUGGUUCCCCAACCAUGUGGUCACUCUCUGGGGUAUCCUGGUGAAGUUUGACCUGGUGCCCUGGGACAGCACUUUCUACACCAUCCAUACUUACGUCUUCCCUGUCACUACUUGCCUGGCACACAGCAACAGCUGCCUCAACCCUGUGCUGUACUGUCUUCUAAGGCGGGAGCCCAGGCAGGCUCUGGCAGACACCUUCCGGGACCUGCGAUCGAGGCUGUGGCCCCAGGGCCGAGGCUGGGUGGAACAGGUGGCCCUAAAGGAGGUAGGAAGGCCGUGGGUAGUGAACACCUUCCCGGAGAGUGGCCCAUCUGCCAUGCUUACCAACCUGGACAAAGGGACACCUGGGUGAAGGGUGCGAGCUGAACGCUUUCCUUUCUGAGAUCUCGAAGACGUAGGAUCCUUGCAUCCCAGGGAGACGCUGCCCUCUGCCAGGCUGCAACACCCUCAGGGAAAAGUCUGAUCUUUGACACCCCAACUCUGGGUGUGGGGGAGGCGGGGGCCCGGAUCAGGACUGGGUGUGACAAAGCUUAAGUCUCUAUUUGGAAGUGGGAAAGAGGAGGCUCUGAGAAUAAACCUCUGGAUUAUCCACAAAUUGUCUUGACCUUUUAUCCCAGCUCCACCUCCAGUUCAGUGUGGAACAAGAUUUGUUGCCCCAUUUCUGCUUUUUGUAAGAAUUCCCAGGAGAUUUUCCCUGAGGAUUCUAGGGUAACGGAUCAGAGGUCAGUGCCUAUUUCUGUGUUUCCCCAUCCCUCCACCCUCACCUCAAAACAGGGUUUCUGGCCAUCCCCACCAUCCUACUUUGUCAGUGGUGCCCACAGAUGCUUGUUACCUGCAGAGGGCUCAGCUACAAAAGCUGUAGUUUCCCUGCAGGGAUGCCAGGUGUGGGGUCUUGCUGGAAUCCCUGGCACCUGCCAGGUUUUGGGUAUAAAACCCUAGUGCUGACUAGGAGUACCUGUGGUGUCUCCCUUUAAAUCAGGAUUGGAAGGGACAAGUGAAGAUAGCAAGUCAAAGACUUGAGUGGGGCAAAGGGAGGUGAGAAAUAGAGAAAGGAUUGGGAGAUCAGGCUGAAGGUAGGGCCAGAGGAGUGGAAAUCAUGGAAAG